UUAAGUUAAAUUUCUCUCGUUAAUGCUUUGAUUGUUUUUGAUUUAGAUAUUUUAAAGUUAAAAUAAAAAAAAAGUUUGCAAAACUUAAUCAAGCUACUAAAAUAUUACGAAGUAUGACAUUUUUUGCCGUUUAACCUGAAUAUGUUACGUUUUUAUUGGUAAUAAAUAAAGAAGUGUUCAAUAAACGAAGCAAAGUCAUUACGUACAUUAUUACAAAGUCAUUCAGUAUCUUGGUAAUUUUAGAAACAUUUGAUUGAAAACAAAGAAAAGUAAGAAUAUGCAGCAUUCACCGUCAAAUGAUCGACGUCACUCACCCAAAUCAAGAUCAAAGAAGUACAGCGACAACGAUGUUGUUGUACCUCAAAACUUCAUACCUGGUUACACUACACCAGAACUUGUUAGAAGUAUCACAAAAUCUCGCUCUAAAUCGUUUAACAAAGAUGCAUUAAAUGGAACCGAAGGGAAAUAUAUUAAUAUCACUAAGAUGAUUGGUGAAACAAAAAAUGAAGCAUCAACUGAAGAACAUAACUGCCAUCCGUUACUAAAACAAAAACAUUCAAAAAUUGGUUCCAUCUGGCCACUCAGUCUAAAACAUAAAAAGGAUAAAACUGAAACUUUAGCUCGUGAAAACGCUAUAGACUUAAGUAACUGUCCUAGCCCUAAUGAUUUUAGACGCGAAAGUAUUGUCGAAACAAUUGACUACACUCAUCCAACUGUUUUACGUAAAAACACUUUAGAUACAAUUGAGUAUAAUGUAAAUAACUUACUUCCAGAUAAAAUUUUGAGAAAAGAAUACGGUAUUAAAAAGUGGAAAAGCUUGGAAACAAUGCAAAACUAUAAGUUGUAAUAUAUUUUCUAUUAUAAUAAAAAAUUAUCGUUAAACGCUUCACAUAA